CUAUGGCGGCGCCCGGUUCGGAGAUGGAGGCGGCGGGCGCGGCGGGGCCGGAGGAGCUGGUGUGCGCGCGGGGCCGGAACCGCAAGGCCGUCCUGUGCCAGCGCUGCAGCUCCCGCGUGCUUCUGCCUGGCACCGCCACCUUCACCCGCAGAGAGCUUUUCCUCCCUGCUAUGAAGAAAAAGACUGCACUGGUGGGUAACAGUGACUUGGAUGGGGAUGUCCUACAGGACCACUGGCUGGUUGAUGACAUGUUCUCUUUUGAAAAUGUUGGCUUCACCAAGGAUGUUGGAAAUAUAAAGUUCCUGAUCUGUGCAGACUGUGAAAUCGGUCCUAUUGGCUGGCACUGCUUGGAUGACAAAAAGAGUUUUUACGUGGCCUUGGACCGUGUGUCCCAUGAAUGAUGUGCUGGCUGGUGACCAAAAGAUCAAUGAUCUUCCUGUCGGCUGGUUCGGACAUGUUAUAGCUACUCGCCUCUCUAGCAAACUGAUGUCUACUUUGUAAUGCCAACAUGCAGCCUUGAAAACGGCUCAAGAAUGGUGCCCUGCCAUGUUGCAUUGAAAGAAGUGUCUGCUUAUAUUGUUUGUCAAGUGACUUACAACUCCCUUGAAUCCCUUCUUCCCCACUUAAUUCUUGCCCUGAGUCCUGUUCUUGUCUAAAAUCUUGCAGAUUACAUUGGUGUAAUUUGAAGCAAAUAUUCGCUUUAUUUAAUUAUUGAAUGAAAGAAUUUUUUUGAGAUAAACUGAACCAUCUAUCCCCUGUAAAAUGAGCAUAUUAAUGCAACUGGAAUAAUUCUUUUUUGUUGUUGCUUUUGGGCAGUAUCAUAUCCAGAGAAGUAUGGUUUUCUGCUAUAUUUUGGACCAAAGGGUGCAUACUUUUGACUUUAAUGUUUACAGACAUGACUGCUAUAUCUCUGUCAAUUGACAUUUUAUAAUUUCUAUCUUAUAAUGGUUAUUGAAAGCCAAGUCUUGGUUGCAGGACUUUUUAAAUGUGGGAAAAUAAAUCGAAGCUUUUGAGAGUGCAGAAAGAAAAGUACAAGAAAAGAAUGUCAUUGGAGGAGCUAACCUCCUAACCCUUUACAAAUAUUUGUAUUUAAUUAAAUGUAAACCAAGCUUUUCAAUUUGUAUGUUGUGAUCUUUCUAUAAAAUGUUGCCAGAGACAAUGAACCUAAUUAGCUAAUUAAAAACACAGCAAAUCUUGACAAAGAAAGAAUGCUUCAGUUGGAUUUACUUCUACUUCCCCGCAGAGGCCUUUUUUUAUCCAUUUUUUCAAUAACAGUGAUGGAUGGGAAAAGGGACAGGAGUACCUGUUGCCUUUGCUGAUGCUGGAGUGAGAAACGUGACCUUUCCUGCAAGGAGCUGAGCGGAACAGCCUGCCAAAAUGGGUAUAUACUUUGGAAACCUGGAGAGAGUAAGGCAUGUGAUCACCUACAGCAGGCAUCCCCAAAACUGCGGCCCUCCAGAUGUUUUGGCCUACAACUCCCAUGAUCCCUAGCUAACAGGACCAGUGGUCAGGGGUGAUGGGAAUUGUAGUCCAAAACAUCUGGAGGGCCGAAGUUUGGGGAUGCCUGACCUACAGCUUGUCUCCAUUUGAACAAAGAGCUUUCCCAAACUAGUUCUCCAAAGGAAUUCUUAAUGUCUGGAGGCGGUUCAGUUCACAGAUCUUGGGGGGGGGGGGUGCCUAUGUCAUCUAUUCCUGGGGAACCGAAGAAUUUGAACGUCUUAAAAGGAAGAACCCAGCUGACUAUGAGAAUGACGAAUAAUCUGACAGAUAACAAAGAAAA